UUGCCACAUAACACGUCGCAAAAACCCCCAAUUGAUUCUCAAAAAUUGAAAAUAAUACAGAGCUCCAAAACCCAAUUCAUUCUUGCAACGGCAGUAUACAGAGUCACACCCAUGGCGGCAACACCAACUGCCUGGGGUUUAUCUCCAGCCCUUCCUUCUCUCUCGUCUCCAAUAACUAAUUCUCAUAAAACCAGUAAAGCCCUUCUUCAUCCCAACUUUUUCAGACCCAUUUCUUCUUCCAAGACUAACCCUGUCAUCGGCCUCUCCAGGUCCUUAACCCAAGCACAAAACCCUCUCUGCUCAAGAAUUUCCCAUACGACCGCUGUAGCGCCAAAGCGUGCCUAUAAGGUACUGGCUGUUUCUGGACUGUUGAAUGGCAAUUUUGAAACAGACGGAGAAUUGGAACAGAACAUUCCGAAUACGGAUGCUACUAUUGAUAUAAAAAUCCCAAGAAGAAGCUUGCUUGUAAAAUUUACUUGUGAUUUGUGCGGUGAAAGAACAGAUAGGCUCGUGAAUCGAUUGGCCUAUGAGCGGGGGCUUAUUUACGUACAGGUAUUUACUCAUCUUGUUGAUUGAUAUAAGAUUCUGUGUGGUCUGUUCCUGCUAAUGAUAAACCUAUGAAACCUUUUCUAAAGUUUAAAUUCUGUC